AACAAAACAGUCAGUUUAGGCCGCGUAAUUUUUCCACACAGACUCUUCUCUCUCUCUCUUUCUCUCUUCCUCUGUUCCUUUUUACUCACUCUGUUCUCUUUCCCUCUCACUCCAACAAAAAAUUCUGAACGCCCCAACAUUCCCUUUGUUCAAAGGAAAAUGUUUUUCCUUUUCACCUUCACACCCACGAUCCGAUCCUUCUUCAAACCCUGCCCAUGCAUUCUGCUUUUGCUUCUUUUCUUUUGCACGUGCUUCACUUCAACAGUUUUACUGUUUAUCUUUCAGAAGCUUAUGAUCCACUUGAUCCAAAUGGAAAUAUCACAAUCAAAUGGGAUAUUAUAAGUUGGACACCUGAUGGUUAUGUAGCUGUUGUUACAAUGAACAAUUUCCAAAAAUACCGUCAUAUCUCAGCACCUGGGUGGUCACUAGGAUGGACAUGGGCAAAGAAGGAGGUGAUAUGGAGCAUGGUGGGAGGUCAGACCAAUGAACAAGGGGAUUGCUCAAGAUUUAAGGGAAACAUCCCACAUUGCUGUAAAAAGAACCCCAUAGUUGUAGAUUUACUUCCCGGAACACCUUACAAUCAACAAAUUGCAAACUGCUGCAAAGGUGGUGUACUCAGCUCAUGGGCACAGGAUCCAUCCAAAGCAGUUGCAGCCUUUCAAAUCAGUGUAGGUAGUGCUGGUACCACCAACAAAACUGUCAAACUGCCACAAAGCUUCACCUUGAAAGCACCAGGCCCCGGUUACACAUGUAGCCCGGCGAAAAUUGUGAAACCAACUCAAUUCAUACAACCAGACAAAAGAAGAGUGACCCAAGCUCUCAUGACAUGGAACGUGACAUGCACAUAUUCACAAUUUCUUGCUCAGAGAACACCCACUUGCUGCGUCUCGCUCUCGUCUUUCUAUAACAAUACUGUUGUUCCCUGCUCUACAUGUGCAUGUGGCUGCCAGGGCAACUCAUCACUAACAGGGGACUGUGUAAAGCCAGAUUCACCACAUCUAGCAUCAGUUGUUUCCAACCCUGGACCUGAUAAAAGUAGUAUUGCACCUUUGGUUCGAUGUACUCGUCAUAUGUGUCCUGUCCGAGUUCACUGGCAUGUUAAGCUUAACUACAAGGAGUACUGGCGCGUGAAGGUCACUGUUACUAAUUUCAAUUACAGGAUGAACUAUUCUGACUGGAACUUGGUUGUUCAACAUCCAAACUUUGACAAUCUGACCCAGCUUUUCAGUUUCAACUACCAGUCAAUAACUCCAUACGGAUCAAUAAAUGAUACCGCAAUGUUGUGGGGAGUUAAGUUCUACAAUGAUUUUCUCAUGCAAGCUGGUUCUGAUGGUAAUGCACAGUCUGAACUACUAUUCAAAAAGGAUAAAUCAACUUUCACUUUUGACAAGGGUUGGGCCUUCCCUCGGAGAGUCUAUUUCAAUGGUGACGUUUGUGUGAUGCCACCACCUGAUGCUUAUCCAUGGUUACCUAAUGCUGGUUCCAGGCAAGAGGUUUCCCUGCUUGUUUUGAUGAUGACCUCUUUGGUGGCCUUAGUAUUGCAUGCAUACGCUUAAAGUUCCUAUGCAUGCCACCCUCAAAUCUGUCAUGAACAACUCUUCGAUGUGACAAGUUUUGACUCAUUUUUGGGAUACCAAUUUGGGAUUUGAACCAAGCUGGAGUAAGACAUCCACAGAAAAAUUUCAUUAGUAGCUUUGUUGCCCCCUUGAUUUGUUUCUAAGUUCCAGCAUAUGGGGCGAUUGAAUUGGCUACUACAUUGUUAUUUCUAUUUGUUUUAGUGUAAUGAUGUGUUUAUUCAUUUUUGCUCCAUAGUUGAUUCUGUAAGUAUAAGAAAUAUUUAAAGGUACACAGUAAAUGGAAUAAUUCAUAAACGCAAGUCUGUACUAGAAAUGAUCACUGCUUAUUCAUUGCAGCCACAUUGGAAUCA